UCCUCUUGAUGAUAACGUUUUUGGCCUCCGGAAGUAGGAGCAGAGUGAGACGUCGUCCUCUUUCAUCACCAUCUAAGCCUGUCUAACUGAAAAACCGGUACACGGUCUGAGGAGGCAAAAUGCGGCUGACCGUCCGCACAUAGUCCACACAGUUUUAUCGUUAUUUUAAACUUCCAGUCGCUGUUACAGGCCUGCACAGCAGCAAGACCUGUCACUUGGUACCUUCACGGACAUGGCUACUAAUCCUCCAGGACCACCCUUCCCAAACAAGGCACGGCAGGCGAUCAUAGCCGAGCUCGAGAAGGAGAGGAGACGUCUGAUGCAGAGUCAGUCCAUGAACACACCAGGAGCCAGCAUCUCACUGUCCAGGCCAAUGGUGAAGGAGUCCAGGGACAACGCAGAGCAGCAGCACAUUGCUGCCCAGCAGAAAGCUGCCCUACAACAUGCCCACGCACACUCAUCCGGUUUCUUCAUCACUCAAGACUCCUCGUUUGGAAACCUCAUCUUACCCGUCAUUCCACGGCUGGAGCCUGAUUCAUGACCUUUUUUUUUUUACCUCUUGUCCCCUUCCUGCUGCCCGCUGUGAGACAAGGUUUUGAAACAACACACGUGCACAUCGGACCCACGUCUCUCCCACUUUGCUCUUUUUAAAUCUGUGAUUAAUGGACAGUUGUUUGUCACGUUAUAAACUAUCUCAGGGGAAUGUUUCAUUUUUACAUUUUCCAGACUAACAAGCUGGCUGCUGAAUUUAGGAAAGCUUUCAAAACAGUCUGAAGAAGGUUCCAAAUAGAUGUAAAACAUCCUGUAAAGUCAUCCAAGGGCUAAAAACACACUCUACAGAAACACUGUAAAUCUUGCUCUGUUGCCAUUCAUGACAUGUAUCACACAGCUUUCCAUAAAAUGCACAUUUUGUCAGGUAUUUUACAUUUGUAAUUGAUUUGUAUCAAUAUUUGCAUAAUAAAGUUGUUAAAUUCAA